CUCACAGGCGCCAUCUCUUCGAAAUCGCAUGAUAGGCUCUAGACAAUGGGUGCUUUACCUAGGCGCUCCUAUUAUCACGAUCACAUCCCCAUCCCCUCGAGUCCAUAUGAUGAGCAGAGCGUUUUGCUUUUAAUUCAGACAAGCCGCGUGGAACUGUCGUUCAAUUGAAUCGAAACGUGAUCGCAAACGAAGUGACCCAGCUAAUCCUGAAAUUUGCGCUAGCCCCUUUAUUUUUGGGCGACGCUAGUCGGAAAGGCCUGAUAUCAAGGUGUCUUUUCAAAAACCUCCAUAAUUGCGACAACUUCUUCCCUUUCUCAAUCCAACAUUCGCUGAUCAAGAAGACUUACUCUUUCACUCCUGGGGGAUUCUUCAUACAUCGAAUACCUAUCCACUCUUUCUGCGCCGCACAACUUCCAAGCAUUCUGCAUUGUGGGGUACAGUAACUUCACACGCAACCACAUCUCACAAAACCAUUACAAUCAUUCAAUAUGAAGGCCCUCAUUCUCGUCGGUGGCUUCGGCACCAGAUUGCGCCCUCUCACCCUCACCCUCCCCAAGCCAUUGGUCGAGUUUGGCAACAAGCCCAUGAUUCUGCACCAGGUUGAAGCGCUGGCAGCUGCUGGAGUCACAGAUAUCGUGUUGGCCGUCAAUUACCGACCAGAAGUUAUGGAGAAACAUCUGGCCGAGUACGAGGAAAGAUUCAAUGUGAAGAUCACCUUCUCCAUCGAGUCAGAACCACUCGGCACCGCAGGCCCUCUGAAACUCGCAGAAGAAAUUCUGGGCAAGGACGAUAACCCAUUCUUUGUAUUGAACUCAGAUGUCAUCUGCGAUUACCCAUUCGCGGAUCUCGCCGCUUUCCACAAACAACACGGUGAUGAGGGCACGAUCAUUGUUACCAAGGUGGAGGAACCCUCGAAAUACGGUGUCGUUGUCCACAAGCCGAACCACGCUUCGCGCAUCGAUCGAUUCGUCGAGAAGCCAGUCGAGUUCGUCGGAAACCGCAUCAAUGCUGGGAUCUACAUCCUGAAUCCCAGCGUGCUGAAGCGCAUCGAGCUUCGACCUACAUCUAUUGAGCAAGAGAUCUUCCCUGCCAUUUGCGCAGACGGACAACUGCACUCGUUCGACUUAGAGGGUUUCUGGAUGGAUGUUGGACAACCGAAAGAUUUCCUCUCUGGUACCUGCCUCUACCUUUCUUCUCUCACAAAGAAGGGCUCCAAACUCCUCGCCUCUUCCAGUCUACCCUAUGUACACGGCGGCAAUGUCCUGAUCGACCCAUCCGCAAAGAUUGGAAAGAACUGCAGAAUUGGUCCAAACGUUACUAUUGGCCCAGAUGUCGUUGUUGGCGACGGUGUACGCCUCCAACGCUGCGUUCUGCUCGCAGGCUCCAAAGUCAAGGACCACGCCUGGGUCAAGAGCACCAUCGUCGGGUGGAACUCAACAGUUGGCAAGUGGGCCCGUCUGGAGAACGUCAGCGUUCUCGGCGACGAUGUGACGAUCGGUGACGAGAUUUAUGUUAACGGUGGAAGCAUCUUACCGCACAAGAGCAUUAAAGUUAAUGUCGACGUGCCCGCCAUCAUCAUGUAGAAUCGCACAAACUUCGAAAGAUUUCCAACAAUGCUGCUGCAAAGCAAGCUAUCGUCCUUCUUCUCAGAAUUGGGAAAUGUUUAUUUGCAGCGCUGCCUGGGGCUAUACAUUCUCCCCUCUUUUUUCUUUUUGCUUGGGUUGCGAGAUGGCAGUCUUAUUACCUUUUUUGGUACUCUUUUGUUGCUGCUGUUUCUUGGGCCUUUAUUCGAAAUACUGAUGGGAUUUGGUUGCAUGCACUGCACGGCGUCAGAUAUUCAUUGGGUGGGUGGAGCGGAGCGGUCUUGCAUGCAUAAGUGAAAAAAGGGCACGAUUUCUUCCUCGUGGUAUGCGUACUCUUGGGCUUGAGGUCGGGUCCGGGAAUCGUGUGCUUCUCUGUACAUGCAUUAUAAUCUUAGAUAAUUCGAUGGUUUCGGAAG